AUGCGAAACGAGUACACAGUUGUGGUUCUUGGCAGUGGGGGUGUCGGAAAGAGUGCCUUAACUGUAAAAUAUGUCUUGGGAAAAUUUGUCGACACAUACGACCCAACAAUCGAGGAUUUCUAUCAAAAGGAAUUGAUUCACUGUUCAAUCAGGACGUCUUUUCCUGUGCAAACUAUCGUCGAAAAUGAUGCCUUUGAACCAGUUGAGCAUCUGAAAGCGUCAAAACCGUUCAUGGAGAGACUAAAUAUCUACGAAGGCGCCAAAGCAAUCGAAAAUGUACUUCCUACUUAUUUGCUGUUGUCAAUCCGUGGCUGUUUCGUUAAAUCCUUUCCUGGGGCAUGCUAG